AAUAAAAAAAUUUCAAAUAAUUAUAUAAAAAGUCCCAUUUGUAUGGAAAUUGAUCAACAUGUUCUGAAACACCCCCCGAAAUUUUUUUCUGGGUACGCGCCUGUGGCUUGUUAUAAACUAUAGACAUGAACGCGGGACUGUGUUUGAGAUUUUUAAGUAGGAUUUUGAAAUGCGGUAGUUACAGUUCGAUAAAAAAAAAUCAAACUAUGUAUAAACACAACUACUCGAAAAUAAAUUGUUAUUGGUUUCGUAUUAGUAAAAUCGCUAAAUUUCGCGAGAAUUUUAGACGUAUUGAACAUCAUCUCUACAGCAGGUUAAUAUACAUAAAUCGAGACGCCAGGACUAAAGCUCAUGCAUGAAAUAAGUCUUUACGCAUAGCUGUAGAGUACCACAUCAGCAAUCUUUCACAACUAAUUUCUGCAAUGAAUAUUGAAACGUAAAAGUAGUAGUUUUACACAAUAAAAACAUUUGUAUUGAAUACAAUUACAAUUACAAUUGAGAGAGUAUGGAACUGUUUGAAGGUGGACAUAUUAACUUUAGCGAGCAUAUUUUCCACCGUAUAUUUAUCCAGAUGGUCCUCUUCGCGUUGUCUGAAUCAACAGAACUUAAAUUCGAUUGUGCUAACUGUGAUGUUUGUUCAGAAGAUCAUCAGAUAGCUUCGCGUCGAGCUUAUAGCUGGUUUGAUAGCGAUCGCCUUCUUGGCUGAAAAUAAAUUUUAGCAGAUAAUCUCGGAAGUAUUUAUCACUCUAUUAUGUGAUAUUGUUCUCUACUUUCGACACAGAACUGUUUGAAAUAUGCAUCCUCUAUAAUAAAUCAAUUAGGAUCUCUUCCGGUCAUCAUUUUUCUAGUGACAAUUCUGCAGCUUCUUAACACAAAUAUAGUUUUUUUUUGUUUCAAUUAUAGAGGCUUUAACAUUAAUGUCAUUCGCCUCUUCGGGCCAGAAAAACUUUCUGACCCUAUGUGCGGGGUUGGAACAAAUAUAGUUAUCAACAACGUAUCAAUCACCAAGGUAAUAUUUUGAACCAUCAAAAAUCCAACAAAAGACGAUCGAUCCAUAACCAUCCGUUACUAUGAUCAGUAAAGAUGAAAAAGUAGCUACAAGAAUAUGCACAACUGAAAAAGACGAUUAAUCCUUUUGGACCAGGAAUGAACUUCUUGAAUGUCGUCCCCCUCGCUCGUACAAGCUUAUACUGGACACAGGCAUCGCAGUAGUCGAGCCCAAUAGCAUCUUUGUCAACACUUCAUUUUAGCGAUCAAUCGAUUCAACAACAUAGUUCAUUUAACAGAAUGUCCAACCAACAUCAUGAUACCGACCGAACCUGUACCGGGGAACAACCGAAGCACUUGGAACUCAUUGAUCAGCGGCUGAAAAACUACAAGCACGCCGAUAUUCAAAUCCACAUCGGAAACACUUCGUUCGAAUGCCAUGCGUUGUUGUUGCAGUGUUUUUCGGAAGUGUUUGAUGAGCUGGGCAACGUGCCGGAUGUCACAUUGCCGGAAGAAAAAGUCACUCCGGAAGCUUUCACGCUUAUCUAUCAAUGGCUUCUGUCUACAAAGCCCGAUGUACCACGAGACCAUUUUAUCGAGGUUUUCCGAGCUGCGGUGUUUUUGCGCAUACAUGCACUGUUAAAUCAAUGUUGGAAUUGUUUGGGUGAUACCGAAGCACUAAUUGAGAACCGAGCCUUUCAGCUGUACACUGAAGCGAUUUCAUUCAAUCAAACGGAUAUACAAAAUAUGAUGCUGAAGAGAAUAUGCAAAUUUUUCCUGCCCCUAGUUGCUUCCGAUAUUUUUACAAAAUUGCCUGUGCAGGACGUUUGCAUUCUGCUGAAGUCUAACUACAUCGGUGUGUUCUCGGAAGCGGAUGUUCUGUACGCUGCGUCCAUUUGGUUAUUAGACGACUGGAACAGUCGCAGUCAAUAUACCAGUGAGAUUAUUAAACUAAUUCGUUUCCCUUUGAUGAGUCGGCCUCUGUUGUCCUGCUUACUCGGUACGGAUGACAACGAGCAAAUCAAUGGAAUCUUGCAGCAUGACGUAACGCAUAAUCUAAUCAUUCAGGCACUAGCUAACUCGUGGAAAACAUUUCCGAGCAAACGACCCGCCUCUUCCGGCUCAAAUUCGGUCUACAUUAUCAAGCCUGCCAGUCGCGUUUGGUUGAAAGAUCCGAAAAUGAAUUUGCCGAAAGAUGAACUGACCGGCUACAGACCUUAUCAUCAAGAAUGUGGGUUUGCAAGAUUUCUUAAACGAUUGGAACUCCUAGUGCAGAACCCGAACAGCUGGUGUCGCUGGCAAAAGAUCGAGUCAGUUGCUGACAAUGUGGAACCAUUUUCGAACAACAUCGAUUACGAAUACUAAACAAUCUGAAAGAAGUAAUUGGUUUCCUUUUUACAGCUCACUCUCGCCUUUGGGUUAACUGCGAAAUCAUUCCGUCUAUAAAAUUAAUAUAAAAGUCUGAAAUAUAAUAAAACUGAACUUUAUUAGCAUUUUCGUGUGCUGCUUUUGCGAUUUGAUUUGCUUAUCGUUGCAUCUAAAAGUCACCAUCUUGUUGUAAUUCGACAGUUCCUAGAUUUUUUUAGCUCGAUGCACGGUUGUAAACGAUUCUCUCAGCUCGACUGCGACAUCUCGGUCGAAGAGGCCAUUUGAAACAGUUAUCCAAUCUUUCAAUUGUCCGCAGAUCCAGUCCUCUUGGCUGCGGGAAAACAUUCUCCGAACACUUUUAUUACAUCGAUGACAGGGGUUCUCGCCAAAUUCUAUAAUUUCGUCACCUGGGUCUGCGGGUAGUUCGGAUUUUCGCGAUGCUCGAGCGAAAUGUUGACGCGUUGUUCCUCUUGCUUUAGAUACAAUUUUUACAACUGAAGGGAAAUGUCAAAUCAAACACACAUCUUCAAAUUGAAAAGUGCGCAGGUCUGAGCAUAAAAUUGUCACGCAUUCUUAAUGAAAGAUUCCAAUCCAAUAGCCUUAUAUUCGACAUUUAGAGGUUUCGUUUGGCACGUCUUUACUGUGUUAGUGACAUGGCACUUCGGUUCCAUUAAAAAGUGUUUUGCAAAUAGCAUUAACUUUACGUCUGCUUAGCGGUUCAAGUUGAACUGUAUAAGUUUGCACUAAGCAGUUCAAUUUGAACUGACGAGUCUAAGACGAAACGUGAAGAAAAGCUCAUAUUCGUAUUUUUACUGUCUCAUUCGUAAAUGAUCGCAUCCAAGAUAAACUAGGAGAGACGAAGCUUUUUCAUAUCUCAUUGUAAAGAAAGAGAGUUUCAAUAUUAAUGUCAUUCUUCUACGACAAGACGAAACCAAAAUAAAGUCUGCAGGGAGAAUCAGUCGAACUUCAAUUCUCAUUCUUUCAUCGAUAUAAUGAAAAUCUGUGUCGUUUGGCUUUAAAGAGAGUCUAAAAUAUGAUAAAUGGAAGUAAUUACACCCCAGAACCUUUUUGGAAGCAGAAAAUUACAAUGGAUACGAGCACCAACAAGUACAAAUUAUUGUAAAUCGGUUUCGUUCAUUAUCGAUUCUCAAAGCUUCGGUUGAAUAUCGACACUGCACAGUAUACGAAUUUCCCAGAAAACCGAAAAUGACUGAAAGGGUAAAUGAAAGAAAGAACACAAUUUUGAAACUACUGUUCCGCUUAUGUCGUUGACUAGACUUAGAUAUCGUUCCCAUAAUUUAUAAACGGAGCUAAUAGUGACAUUUAUUUCUCGUCAUUUUCGUCUAUUUUGAGUCAAUGAAAACGACUCUUAUUCGCUCUAGUGUAGGUUUUGU